CGUUACACUAGCAAUGACUGCGGCUGCUGCGGCGGAGAAACGUGAGAUGUACAAGGUGGUGCUCGUGGGCAACUUUCAAGUUGGAAAAACGAGUAUAUUUUACAGAAUGAAGAACAACACUUACCCUCCACCACAGGAUGUAACUGGAAUAGACAGAUGUGUAUGCAAUGUGGAGGGACAAGGGAAGACACUGCAGCUGAGUCUGUGGGACACCGCAGGCGUCGAGCAGUACAAACGCACGCUGACGACCAACCACUACCGAUACGCCAACAUUGCCGUUUGCGUCUACGACGUGACGAGGGCCGACACGUUUGACAAUCUAAAAGACUGGCUGGAAGAUGCCACUCUGUACGGGCCCGAAAACAUCGCGUUUAUUCUCUGUGGGAACAAGGUCGAUAAACUACUCGAAGACGAUGACACAGAGAGGGAAGACGUGAGCGCCACGAUGGUACAAAGUCUUCGCAACUCUGUUAACUUUUCCAGCCACAUUCUUACGUCUGCAAAGGAGGGAAAGCUCGACUCGUUGAAAGAGGAGAUCGCGAAGCUGCUACUCGCUCAAAAGAAUGAGAAACCACACGACACGAUAGAUACAGAACAACGAAGAAGGGAGUCAAGCUGUUGCUAGAGACUGUAGGGUAUAGAGAGGUGUGAUCACUCUUGGACUGUAGUCUAGUGGAGAAGUGGGUCUCUUGUGUGUGAGCGACGUGGAAACGUAUUUUUACAUUCUGUAAGACUGUAGAGUGGGUGAUAGGUGUACUGUACGUUGUAGUAAUAAACUUUUACU